UUGUACUGAAUGUGUGGUCAAAAACGCUUAACUCGCAACCUUUUCGUGAACUCUCUUUGACCCGUCGCCGUCAAUAAAAUCAUCUUUCAAUUCAUAGUUGACGCCCUGACGGACAUCAACAGUUCAAGGGUCUUAUAGUAGACAUACUAGAGUAUUAAAUUUUCAUCCUGCUGACUCAUAAAUCACGACAUUAAUGAACGAACGACUUAUUUUUUUAAUCCUGCAAUUCAAUCUUCUACGUCCUGGUAUUAGACUUAAUUCUAGAGAUUUGAACGAGCGAACCACAAAGGAACGCGACGRAAAUUUUGUUCCAGUUUAACUCACCCCUCAAGUAUGGGCAACUUCAGUGCAUCAACACAGCUGGCGUCAUAACUUUGCCUUCGUCAUAGAAAUAGAAAGCUCCCAGAGUAACUACGUUGUGUUUUUACAUGUGGUAUAGUAKUUACAUGAAGAAAAGAGAUUUGUUUCUCUGUUUUUGUUACAUUGAGUGCCACCACUCGAAAGAAGAUACAGAUUAACGGAAAAUUCAAAAAUGCAUCUGUUUUGUAAAGAUGGUGUUUUCAUCUUCCUAAUAUCAGAAAACCUGGAAGGUUACAGUCAUUAGACCUUGUAAUUCAGCAUAAGACAUCCAGAAGUCUUUAUAUCUGGCAGCAAGAAAUUUAAAGCUUUUGUUUAAACUAUGCCGAGUAAGGACGGCAUUGCUUCAAGUGAUGAUUCCGCUCUCAUAAGAACAAAGACUUUAGAGUUUGAUGACGUUCUUCAAGGAGUCGGUGAUUUCUCAAGAUUUCAACUCAUCCAAUGGACUUUACUCGUAAUGGUUUCUAUGCCACAGGUCUGGUAUACCUAUGCACCUGCAUUUGAGGCCAGAAAGGUGCGAGAGUCUCAAAUAUAUUGUGWAAAGGCACCAAAUGUGUCUGGGACGGACAUUUGUAGCCAGGGCAUAUGGCUUAAUACAACAUUUUGUGGGGAUUUGCAGUAUCAAAGUGACUUUACCUCUAUUGCGACUGAUUGGAACCUCAUUUGCGAAGAUGCCAAGAAGUACAUCCCGUUAACCAAGACCAUCUUYUAUGCUGGUAAACUUGUUGGUGCUUAUCUGUUUGGCUGGAUAUCUGAUCGGUAUGGUCGUCGUGUUACUUUACUGUCUACCAUGUUCAUCCAGUUUGUAGCAUCUCUGAUCCAAAGCUUUUCUGUCAACUUUACAAUGUAUGUGAUUUUAAGAGUUCCUCUUGGGAUCUGCAGUGGAGGUUUAUUCAUAGCUGCUUUCACACUAAUGAACGAAAUGGUUCGCCCAAACAGACGAAUGUUGGGAGCCACCAUUGUGAUGUGUUUUCUUGGAGUCUCGCUUACUUUACAAUCUUUACUGGCCUAUUUUGUUCGAGACUGGAGGAAUUUUAAUCUCGUUAUCACAGUACCUACUGUUCUAUCAGCAGUAUGUUACUGGUUAGUAUGUGAGUACCAUGCAAUCGGUCCAGAAUUAAUGUUUUCCAUCAUCCCCUGCAGGUUGGUGACCAGUGGAGUUUUUUAUGGCCUCGCGUUCAACUCUGGUAAUCUUUCAGGAAAUUUCUACCUUAAUUUUGCMGCUUCAGGGAUGGUUGAGAUUCCAGCUCCUCUUAUAGCUGGUUAUUUUAUCGAGAGACGAAAACCUCUUAUUGCAUAUUAUGUCUUGGCUGGAGUGUCUCUACUAUGUAUUUUACCAAUACAAGCGCUAGGCAAACAAGUAGAGUUAUCAGCUGUAGUAAURGCCUUGGCGUUGAUUGGCAAAUUCAGCAUCUCAGCCGCUUACUACCAGAUAUAUAUCUACUCCGCUGAGCUKUAUCCUACCGUUAUCAGGGUUGCUGGCUUAGGUUUUGCAUCACUAUGUGCUCGCAUUGGAGGGAUGGCUGCACCAUAUGUUGUGGACAGCACUCCUCUAAUAGUCCCAUGUAUCUYAUUUGGAGCUGCAUCAAUUUCUGCUGGUAUUGGAACAGUCUUUCUUCCAGAGACUCUUGGAAAGCCUCUACCAGACCAUAUCCAUAAGAAAGAGAGUCAGACUACUGAAGCAAAUGGCAAGAUGAUUGCAUUGGAGUGAAAAUGACAUAUUACGAGUGUAGAAGAGAUCYGCAUAACUUUGCAAGUUGAGCAUAACUUGAGACACACGGCAGAAUCGAUAUUAAAGCUAUUGGCACGGUGAUCGAGUUCAUUCAUUUAAAGCACUUAACUGGAACUAUAUGUCUGCUCUGAGCAGAAUURUCAGUGGGCCAUAGCAACACUGUAGCUUGCCAAUGUUAAUCAAAAGGUUUCCAUGACAUUCCAUCCAUGAGCUACCCUUGAACUAUUUUGACCUAGACAUCAAAUACAGUGUACAGUGUACUGACCUGUGAAUUGAAGCAUGUUAAGUUCUGGUUUUAUCAUGUCUCAUAAAGACCUUUACUUCAAGCCUCUUAAAAUUUCUACAAUAAUAUCAAGCCUUCACAAAUCCCCACAUUACUUUCUUCACCACCCCCACCCCCUCAGAUAAAUAGUCCCUAAACUCAAGCAUCGUYUGUGAGGACAUCUUUUUUGUGGGAUCUGCAGCAAAAUCUUUUGUUCUAGCUUAUUWACCUUGCUUCUCCACAAAGAAAUCAAUAUUUUUAUCUUAAAUUGGUCUCUUUAUCUUGGUCUCCCCGAUUAGCAAGGCAUGUGUGCCAAGCUAGAAGCUUUGAAACUGUAAUAAAGUUUAUCAUUUUUAUUAUUAUUAUUAAAUUUAUAUUUCCCAUAGAUGUGAAGGCAAAGCUGAAAGAAUCUUUAAGACUUAAUUUUUUGAUUAUUUGUUGGUUGACCUUGACUCUUUUUUGAAGGUCAGCUUUGCCGUUGGUCAAAAACUUAUAUUGGAGCAAUAAAUUCUUAUUUUAUGAAAUAACAAAAUGCUCAAGACAUAGUUGAGUAGUCUAUACUUUAAAAAAACAAAAUGCUAAAGACAUAGUUGAGUAUUCUAUACUUUCUACUUAGAAAUACACUCUAACCGUAGCAUGUUUCUCAAAACAAGUCAAAAGUGAUUGAAAUUCAUUUUUUUUAUUUUAGAUUUAGAAAUGAUUGUUGCUAAACAAUAGAAUAUCUAUCAGUAACUGUAAAAUAUCAGCAAAAAUGCCAAAAACAAUUAAAAAUAGAUAACUGCAAGUGUUUUAUGGUUAGGCCAUGUGUUAGAUAACUGAAACUGGUUUUCRGUAGGGGCCAUGUUUUAAAUAACUGGUUUAUCCUCAACACUCUAACUUGUUUAUGGUAGGGCCAUUGUGCUAGAUAGUCAUAUGUCUGUAUAUCAAUUAUUAUUAUCUCAUCCCUACUAAGUUUCUGUUUCAUGGAGGAAGUAAAGUCAUACAAAAAUGUUUCAUAGCCAACAUAGCCAAUACAAAUACCAUACUCAUUGUUAUUGCAUGAUAAAGCAUAGAGUAGCAUGUAGUUGGUUGCUGUUGGUGCACAAAUGCGAGUGAAAAGCUUCUCUAUCCACAUUAAUCCUUCAUAAAGUUGCAGCUUAAGCUACAAAAGUGUUGUAUCAUAAAUAUUUCAACUAACAA